AUGAGCCUAGAUCGCCAAAACGGAGCUCAACGCGAUGAAACGAAGGGCGUCAGGGAAAAGUCUAUGAGCCAUCUACCUCCAUUGCCACCCUCGUCUACGCCCGUCGAGGAUAAAUUUACUACCAGCACACCUAACUUCCUUCGAGAAAUCAAGGGAAAGGUCUCUGAGCCGGUAGCGGCAGCCUUUGUUGGCGGUGGCGUGGCCGGUGCAGUCUCCAGAACAAUUGUCUCGCCUCUUGAGCGCCUAAAGAUUCUUCUUCAGAUACAAAGUGUUGGCAGGGAAGAGUAUAGGUUAUCUAUAUGGAAAGCUCUUGUUAAAAUAGGAAAGGAAGAAGGCUGGAGAGGCUUUAUGCGAGGCAAUGGCACAAAUUGCAUACGCAUUGUCCCCUACUCUGCGGUACAGUUUGGGAGCUAUAACUUCUAUAAGAAAUUUGCGGAACCUUCACCAAAUGCGGAUUUAUCACCGGUGCGCCGCCUUAUUUGUGGAGGUGCUGCCGGCAUUACGUCUGUCGUAAUAACUUACCCUCUGGAUAUCGUUCGGACACGGCUUUCAAUUCAGUCAGCUUCUUUUGCUGUCCUCAGCCAGAGCGGUCCCGAAAAAAAAUUACCAGGGAUGUUUCGUACCAUGGUUCUUAUAUACAAAAAUGAGGGUGGUAUCAUAGGCCUCUAUCGGGGUAUCGUCCCCACAGUUGCCGGUGUUGCUCCAUAUGUUGGUCUUAAUUUCAUGACAUAUGAAUCGGUUCGCACAUAUUUAACGCCUGAAGGGGAUAAGACGCCAGAUUCCCUACGUAAGCUUUUGGCUGGAGCAAUUUCUGGCGCAGUUGCCCAGACGUGCACAUAUCCUUUUGAUGUUCUGCGCCGGCGCUUUCAAAUCAACACAAUGACUGGGAUGGGUUACCAAUACUCUUCAAUUUGGGAUGCUGUGAAAGUCAUUGUGGCUAAUGAAGGAUUACGUGGUCUUUUCAAGGGGAUAGUCCCGAAUCUCCUCAAAGUGGCGCCCAGCAUGGCUAGCAGUUGGCUCAGCUUUGAGCUAGUAAGGGAUUACCUCGUUGAAUUAGGCGACAAGUGA